CGCGUCACGGCUUCAUGCAUUAAAAUAUCGGGCACAUGCUCCAGUCACUUGGUGUACUCUGAAAACCUCUGGCUCUGGAACUCACCGUUUUUGUGUUCUUUUUCAGGAGCAUCUUUUUUUCUCUGUAGUCCUGAGUCCACAUGAUGUACUGGCAGCAGGAACAGAGACAGCAGCAAGGAUUGCAUGGCCGAUCCAGCAUGCAACAAAUGUCACCUGGAUGGGGGCCAUCACCAGGCAUCAGUAACAGACCAAGUCUCUUAGACAUGAGUGGCAAUCUCAGGAAUGACCCCAGCCUGAGAAGCCCUUCAUUUGGAUCCAACCAUGGUCCUAGCCUGGGGUCCAGCCGUGGCGGUGGUCUCCUACCCAGUCCUUCUGCAGGUAUGCGAACCCAUCACGACAUGCUCGGUCAGUUGGACAAUGACAUUGAUGAGUUAGUGGCAGCCAAAGUACGCCUACAGCAAGCCAUGCUGUCUGCAGCUGCUAAUGAUGGCAGAGCUGAUCGCCAGCAAGGAUUUCAGCAUCCCUCCCGACCCAGUAUGAACCAGCAACGACAGCCGAGGCAACAGCAGCAGUAUCCACAGCAGGACCGACGCCGUAACUCCUCGGGGGGACCCAUGGGAAGGAACAUUGGGGGCGGGGCCAGAUCGGGGGGUGGAUUGAGAGAUGGAGUAGGAAGGACUGGAGGCCGGGGGCGGGUUGCGGGGGGCGGAGCUAGUGGCAGAGGAGGGAGAGGGGGACCAGGGAUGGGAAACAGAGAUCACCGUAGCGGAGGUCGAGGUGAGGACAGAGAGCAGAAUAUGCAAAGGAAGAGGAGUAACUCGGAGAUCUAUGAUCCAGCCAAACCAACUGAUGAUGAGGUCACCAGUAUUGGUCGGCCAGUUGAUGACCUGCAGGUGACCAUCCGUCAGCAGUCCAAGGGUAGGGCAGUUACUGAUGAAGGAGGUCCAGCAAGGAAGAAACCUAUGCAGAGCCCCAGAACAAGCACCAAUCCCACGCAGGCUAACAUAGACAUGGAAGCUGAGAAAAACAGCACCUGGUUUUGUCAUGUCUGCAGCAUAACUUGUCGUGAUAUCAAGGCCUACCAGACUCACAUGACAGGCAAGAAGCACCUUGAUGCUAUGGACAAGAUCCGUGAGGUAGCAACAUUCCAGAGUGACCAGGCUAAAGCCCGUCUCCAGGCUCAGAACUACCUGCGCAAACUGGAGAACAGUGGAGGCAGUGGAGGUCGUGGUGGGGAAGGUCGCAGUGGGGAUCAAAGGUCAAGGCAGCGUUACUGCCGAGACUGCCAUCAAUACUUCAGAGGAGACCGCUUUGAUCACGUCAGGAGUGACGCACACAAAGAUGUUAAGAGGAAAUCCAAGCCCCAUUGUAGCACCUGUGACCUGAGUUUCAAGACCACACAGAAGUAUGUACAGCACUGCAAAGGGGACAUGCACAAGAGGCGAAGGGAAGGAAAGUCCAAGGAAGAGUCCAGCAAGGAAGAGAGCUAUGUGACGGUGGAUGCAGUAGGUUUUGAUGAUGACAACGAUCUGGAUGCUGAAUUGAUUGACUUGCAGUUGGAAUCGCAGGGAGAUGAUGAUCUUCUUGAUGCCACAUCUUCCGAGGAGGGAGAGGAUGCAGUCAUCAUUAUUGACAGUGGGAAUGACAAAUCCUCUGAAGACAAAGAAGAUGUUGAUCAAAACACUGCAUCAAUUGAGGAUAUGCCAAAGCUUGAGCCAAUGUCUGAGGAUGAAACCUUAGCUAAGGAAGGUAUUGCUCAGGUCUCUACCUCAGAGCUUAUUGAUGACACUUCUGGUUCUAAGGUUCCUGAUGUCCAAGUCAUUGAAGCAACUAAUGAAGAACCAGCAGAAGCCCCCAUGGAAGUUCAAGAAAGCACUACCAACAAGGCGGUUGCUAUCUGUCCUGAGGGACCAGAUGCAGAUUCUAAGUCUGGCUUGGAUAACCUAAAGGUCACUUUGACCUUUGAAAACCAGCCUUUGUCUGACACAAAGUCGGCUUCUGCCAUACCAGAAAAUGAUCAGCUGGAAGUGCACUCGGCUGAUGCAAAUGUUUCUUCUGGUGGGUCUGAAAUGGUAGCAGUGAUGGGAUCUGAGAAUCAGGCUGAGGAUCAGGCCAGCGCAAAGCAGGUUGAGUCUGAACAGACUGAGUCUUCUAAGGUUGGUAGGGAAAGCAAAGAGUCAACAGCCAUGGAUGUAGACCCUGCCUCUGGGGUGUCUGCACCUCCUGAAGAACAGCAAGAGAAACAGCAGCAGCAAGAUGAUAUUGUGCAACUGAUAUUUGAUCCCAACAAGUCUGUUGGUGAGGAGUAUCUAGUACCAGUCUCUGGCUUUUUCUGCAAACUUUGUCACAAGUUCCUGACAUCGGAUAAAGCCAGCCGCGUUCACUGCAAGGGCAAGAGCCAUUUUCAAGCAGUCAAGGCUGCAUUGAAGAAGACCAAGUCCGUAGAUGAAUCUGAUGAGCCCAAUGGCCAGGCCAACAAGUAAGCAGCCAUGUCCAGUCAUCUCAGGAGUUGACUGGCUUUGUGUGGACUAGUGCCCUAAGACACUCAAGUGCUCCUCAUUGCUCUGUGAGUUGCAGAAAAAGCAGGGUACCAGAUUGUUGGCAGAUAGAAUCUAAACCCAGUCACCAGUACUCACUUGAUUUGUGGAUAUAGCUCUAGUGACCAUCGACCUUGCUUUUCCUGUGUACCGAUUUGCUGACUCCAUUACACAGCGGUGUCCCCGUCACUCACGCUCACAUUCCUAAACUUGACGCAUGCGAGAUGUGGUUAGCAGUGCACUCCCAUUGGCUGAGGAAGCAUUUCAAUGCAUAUGUCAUUUGAACACGCAUGUAAGGACACCACAGUAAUGGCUCGUGAUUCUUGUCAGCGGAUCAAACAGAGUGAUAAUCACUAUUUUCUUCUCAGAAAUUAAAAACCAGUAUGCACAUCCAGAUAACUGAUACACAGAUAUGAUUGAGGUUGGCUGUAAAUCCAUUUAUUGGGGGAGGGGAACUAGGAAAAAAUGGACAUUUAGAAAUUAUUUUAUUGGGGGUGAGAUUUUCUUUUAUUCAACCAAAAUGAGGAAAGCCCUGUUAGUCUGUACAUAUGAUCAGAGGAAGAUGUGGGGUAGCACUUUAUAGACUAGCUUAACAUAAGAUGCUGCGUAAGUUUUCGUAGCAACAACUACUUCAUCAGAUACAAUGAUGGGGGACAACUAGGGUGGGAGUGAAACUGAAAUUUACUCUUGAGAGUGGAGCACAUUUCUCAGGACUAUUCACCUUGAACAGGGAACCCCCUUCUCCAGUUGAAAAGAACCAUAUUGGUCAGAAGUGUUCAUUUUGCUGGCAGUGACUUGACUGUAAUGCAUGCAUUUCAUAGU